CGCCGCUGCCUUCCGCCGCUACGCUCCGUCGCAUCGGGGACUUUCAACCCUUCUCACUCCCCCCAGGGCCAUACUAACCGACUUUAAACAUCUGUAACUUAACUUCGGGUGAUUCAUAAGUUUAUCAUGAUCGAAGUUGACUGAUAGUGUGGUUGAUUUUGAGGUGUAAAUCGUAGUUUUUUGCAGCCGGUUUGGCGGGACCGGAGCACGGUGACUAAAGGCUAACUCAAGCUAGGCUAGGCUAAGAGAACAGCUAGCUGCAAUGGAAGACAAAUCCUUCACUAAAGAACUAGACCAAUGGAUCGAGCAGCUAAACGAGUGUAAGCAGCUAUCGGAGAACCAAGUCAGGACACUCUGUGAGAAGGCGAAGGAGAUUCUGACCAAGGAGUCCAACGUCCAGGAGGUGCGAUGCCCGGUGACGGUGUGCGGAGACGUCCACGGUCAGUUCCACGACCUGAUGGAGCUGUUUAAGAUCGGAGGAAAGUCUCCCGACACCAACUACCUGUUCAUGGGAGACUACGUCGACAGAGGAUACUACUCUGUGGAGACGGUCACGCUGCUCGUCACGCUAAAGGUCCGUUUCCAGGAGCGGAUCACCAUCCUUCGGGGGAACCACGAGUCGCGGCAGAUCACGCAGGUCUACGGCUUCUACGACGAGUGUCUGAGGAAGUACGGCAACGCCAACGUCUGGAAGUACUUCACAGACCUGUUCGACUAUCUGCCGCUCACCGCGCUGGUCGACGGACAGAUCUUCUGUCUCCACGGUGGAUUGUCUCCCUCCAUAGAUACUCUGGAUCACAUACGAGCUCUGGACCGUCUGCAAGAAGUCCCACAUGAGGGCCCCAUGUGUGACCUGCUGUGGUCCGACCCCGAUGACCGUGGUGGGUGGGGCAUUUCUCCCCGAGGUGCAGGAUACACCUUCGGACAGGACAUCUCCGAAACCUUCAACCACGCCAACGGCCUCACUCUGGUGUCCCGCGCCCAUCAGCUCGUCAUGGAGGGUUAUAACUGGGGCCAUGAUAAGAACGUGGUGACCAUCUUCAGUGCUCCAAACUACUGCUACCGCUGUGGAAACCAGGCAGCCAUCAUGGAACUGGACGACACCCUUAAAUACUCUUUCCUUCAGUUCGAUCCCGCCCCGCGCCGCGGCGAGCCCCACGUGACCAGACGCACUCCUGACUACUUCCUGUGAAUGUUCAAAAUAAAAGCCAUCCCUGUUCAAAAAAAAGAAAAAAAAAAAUCAUCCACGAAGCUCCAACACAACCCUCCUCUUCCUCUCUUCUUCUUCUUCUUCUUCUUCUUCUUCUUCCCCCUCUUCUCCUCCACACCCCCCCUGCCCCCUCGCCCCCCCCUCCUCCUUCCUGUUCAUUUUGGAUGGAAAGAUAUUAACAAUAAUAAUAAAAACACUGUACAAGGGAGAUAAAUAGAAACACAUGACAAAGAAAUUGGCUGAUUUAAGAAUAUUUUAAAGGAUUAAAAAGAGAAACUUAAAAAAGGAGCGGCCCCCUCUACAGUCGUGUUUUCAGUAUGCUGUCAUUAAUGAGAAGAAAAAAAAAACACGUACACUUACGAUCUGUUUCUUUCUUUCUUUCUUUUUUUUUCUCUCUUUUUUUUGUUUAUUACAUGUUUGAAAACGAGAUAAUAAAACUACCAACGUGGACCAAAUGUGCCAUAUUCUGAUCCUUUUACAACAUGUACGACGCGCUAAACGCUUCUUCUUCUUCUACUUCUUUAUUUUUUGUGUUUUUUUUUUUUUUUUUUUUAGACCAGCACUAUAUAUAUAUAACACUUCCUACUUGAUGACAUCACCAAACCAAAACCAACCAAUCACAACACAUCUCAUUCAUGGCAUAAAAUGUGCUUUUUUUUUUUUUUUUGCUUUUUUUUUUUUCCUGUUGCAAGAUUUUAAUUUUAAACAAAAAAAAAAGAAGAUUACAAAAAAUUAAAUAAAAAUUUAAAAAAAAAAGAGGUAAAAGCAGGUUUGCAGGUUGUGUGCUUCAGCGUAGUCGAGCUGUCUGCAGCCGCUCGUCAUCUCAGAAACUAUUUACUGUAAUUUCAAUAAAGACGACAGACGUAUAAAAUAAAAUGUCCUAUUGACAAACUA